AUGGAUCUUUGCUUCGCAGAGGUUGUGCAGAAAGUGAACAGUCUUGUUGCAGCAGGGCAGUACGGCAGGCUGUUUGAGGUUGUGCACUUUGCAAGACGUCAGUGGAAGGUAACAAACGAAGACUUGAUACUGAUAGAAAGCCACAUAGAUGCUGAAUGCAGGGAGCGAAUCAGAAUGGAAAAGGUAUUACUGGUUGCUGGGGCUGACUUCACUUUAAUAGGAAAGCCACUUCUGGGGCGAGACUUGGUGCGAGUCGAAGCAACAGUGAACGAGAAGACUGAAUCCUGGCCCAAAGUACACAUGCACUUUUGGAAAAGACACUGAUACCAGAGGAAAAGAAUAAUUGUGCAGCCGCAGACUGUACUGAGGAUCAAUAGCAUUGAAGUUGCCCCAAGCUUGUCCUGAUCCUCUGCUUCACUGUUCAGGAAGAACAGAUAUUGCUGAUUUUGGAAGCUGGAUAAUGCCUUUGACCAGCUUGUGACUAGCCAGUUUGAUCACCAUGUGAUCGAAUAGGGCCUGUUUGUAUUUGUACUGUAAACACAACUCCAUUAUGUAUGUACAAGUAGAAACCAACCCCAUUAAAAGGGUUUUACAA